UGACUGACAGAAAAGCCUACGACGACUUGGUAAACUGACAAGAGUAAUUUACUCCGACAACGAAAGCCGGCGAAGACCGACGUGUUCUGUAAGAAAUACAUUAGAAAUGACGAAACCGUGUUCCAAAGACCAAACCAAACCAAACCCCCAAAAACAAAAAGCUUUAUAAUCUUUCUUCAUUAUCUUUAAAAAAUCAAGAUCAACACCGUUCCUAAUUUACAUUGAUCCACCACACCAGCUUUGAGUAGCUAAUCGAUGGAUGAUCUAGCCAAGCAGAUUCUGACACGACCGAUUCAACUCGCAGACCAAGUGGUCAAAGCCGGAGACGAAGCCACAAUCAACAAGCAAGAAUGCGCCGAGAUCAAGUCCAAAACCGAGAAGCUCGCCGCUCUCCUCCGCCAAGCAGCGCGUGCGAGCUCCGACCUCUACGAGCGCCCCACGCGCCGUAUCAUCGACGACACCGAAAACGUUCUCCAGAAGGCAUUGACCAUGGUCCAGAGAUGCCGCGACGACGGCUACAUAAUGCGCCUCUUCAACAUCAUCCCCGCCGCGGCAUUCCGGAAAAUGAUCUCUCAGCUGGAAAACUCCGUCGGCGACGUCUCGUGGCUCCUCCGCGUCUCGACUCCCGCCGGUAACGACGACGACGAAGGGGUCGGUUACUUAGGCCUUCCCCCCAUAGCAGCCAACGAACCGAUCUUGUGUUUGAUCUGGGAGCAAAUCGCGGUUCUGAUGACCGGUUCGCCGGAUGAUAAAGCCGACGCCGCCGCGUCCUUAGCAUCCUUAGCGAAAGACAACCCUAGAUACGUGAAACUGAUAGUUGAAGAAGGUGGAGUCAACCCUUUGCUGAAGCUUGUGAAAGAAGGAAAAAUCGACGGCCAAGAAAACGCGGCGAGGACGAUUGGGCUAUUGGGCCGAGACCCGGAGAGCGUGGAGCAGAUGAUACAAGCUGGUGUUUGUUCAGUGCUUGCGAAUAUUUUAAAAGAAGGUUCCAUGAGGGUACAAGCCGUUGUAGCUUGGGCCGUUUCUGAGCUUGUAGACGGUAACCACGCCAAGUGUCAAGAGCUGUUCGCUCAAAAUAACGUUAUCCGCCUUCUCGUGAGCCAUUUAGCGUUUGAGACGGUUCAAGAGCACAGCAAAUACAUGGUCGUCGCGGGUAGAGCCACGUCGAUGCAUCACGCCGUCGUGAUGGCCAGCAAAACUAGUACUAGUAGUAAAGAGAAUCUCCCCGCGCUGCACGAGGAGGAAGAUAACGAGAUGCAUCCAUUGCCGAAUCAGAUGCAUAGCAUCAUCAAGACCACGAUGGCGAUGAAGUCGGUUAAAUCAGUUACCGGCGACGACGAGAAACCGCCGCCGCCGUCGCCGGGGAAGCCGCCGGAGAAGAGCUACAGCGGAAUCAGCAAGCCGUUCAGCGCGGCGCAUCAUCAGUCGCGAAACGCGUCGGUGACGAGGGGGAGGGAGCUCGAGGAUCCGGCGACGAAGGCCUACAUGAAAGCGAUGGCGGCGAGGGCGCUGUGGAAGCUCGCGGUGGGAAACGCGACGAUCUGCCGAGUCAUCACCGAGUCGCGAGCCUUGCUCUGCUUCGCGGUUCUGCUCAAGCACGGAGACGAGGAGACGAAGUACAACACGGCCAUGGCGAUAAUGGAGAUCACCGCCGUGGCGGAGGAAAACGCCGAUCUGAGAAGAUCCGCGUUCAGACGCACUUCCCCCGCGUGCAAAGCGGUCGUUGACCAGCUGUUCCGCAUCGUUGAAAACGCAGACGCGGGAUCGGACUUGCUCAUCCCCUGCGUUAGGUCAAUAGGAAACUUAGCUCGCACGUUCAAGUCCGCGGAGACGCAUAUGAUCGUCCCUCUGGUGAAACUCCUCGACGACGGAGAGCCGGAGCUAGCGGCGGAGGUGGCAGUUGCGCUAGGGAAGUUCACGACGGAGGAUAACUUCUUACGGAAGGAGCAUUCGAGGACCAUCAUCGACGCCGGAGGAUCGAAGCUUCUCGUGCAGUUAGCGUACUUCGGGGAGAACGGAGCUCAGAUUCCGGCGUUGGUUUUGCUGAGCUACGUGGCGAUGAACGUGCCUGACAGCGAGCAGCUGGCUAAAGACGAAGUGCUGACGGUGUUGGAGAGGGCGUCGAAGCAAGCGAAUGUGAUAGAGGAAGAAGACAUGGAACAUUUGUUGUAUGAAGCUAAGAGUAGACUUGAGCUUUAUCAGUCUCGAGGAGCCAGAGGCUUUCAUGUAUGAUUGAUCGAUUCAUGAUUGAACGAAGAAGCUUCGUUUCUGGAUCGCAAUAGAAAAUAUAAUUUUUCACAUUUUAUUCAAAUGAUAUUCUUGUACAUGACUGUUUUUGGAAAAGAAAACUACAUCCACUACUAUCAAAAGUUUUAAUAUAACACUUUCCAGUAUUCAAUCUUUUUUUUU